AAGAAUUGAUUAUGUAGUACCCUAUGAUUUACCGCAUUCUGCAAUUUUAAAGAAUGAUAAGCAAAAUAUUAAGAAUCAAUAGCAGUAAAGUUCAAAUUUGUUUUUAUAUGAAGAGUCUCUAUAAAUUAAUUAAAAAAGUAGAAGAAGGUUAACUUGAUAGAAAUUUAAACGACGAAGGGUAUUAUUUUAAGAGCAAACCGAUGUCUCUAUUAACUCAAAUUAGAACAGAUUAUUAAAGAUUACUUUAAGUCUUAAAUAAUAUCAUUUAAAACGCUCUUACUUAUUCGGAAACUGGGUUUGUAUUAGUAAAGAUAGAUAGUUGGGAUCUAAAUGAGAUUGAAUUUUCAAUAAAGAUGAAGGAAUAGGUUUGACAAGAAAAUAGCUAACUUCAAUUAGAUAGAUUAUAAAUUAAAAACAUACUACAACAAGUAUAUAAUAAUAAGGAUUUGGCUUAAUUAUUUGCUAAAUUUUGUUGAAAUACUUGUCUCUAAUUAAUAGAAACAGGAUUAAAAUUGAAUCAGAUGGCUAGGAUUCAGGUACGACUGUUCAUUUCAUAAUUUCAAUUCAUAUUUCUACCUAAACUUAAGAAUAAACUUAUGGUUAGCACUCAAAAAAAUCAUUUCCUCGAAUGAGAAGUAUGCCUAUUUGAGUUACUAAUUAGUAUUAAAUCAAAAUCUCCAAGUAAAAUUCUACUGAAUAAGUUGAAUGCGAUUUGUCAAGUGUCUCAUUCAGAGAAAUCUUAUGAGUUGAUACAUUGUUCGAUUGAACUAUUGAAUUAAAG